ACAAAGACUUCCAAAACAUGCCUUGAGGCAUCAUCCACUGCCAGAACCACGAGCGGAGGCGUGCCCAGCCACACCCACAGCUGAAAACUACAGUGAGAGCUCAAGGGAGUCUGAAAUCUGGAAGGAGUCAGGUGACCACUCUGUUACUCCAGCUGAUCGUGGGAAUUCAUGGUCUGCUAGUCAGAGGUAUGCCGACACCUCCACCGAAGACAGCUUGGGCUUCUCUUGGGGCUGUGAUGAAUUCGAUAAAGCUGCCACACAACAAGUUCAGCAAAUGUUCAGACAAAUUGAUGAGCUUCUUUAUGAGCAGAAAGAAGAUGUCCAUAUUGAGGCACUGUGGGAAGAAUGCCACCAGUGGACAUCCAACUUUCCUCACCUCAGGGUUGUGGGGAAGCAGGUAGUGAUCCCCACAGAUGAAGGGUAUGGAUGGUAUUCAAGUUCACCUUCUGGCAGUUUACGUUCCUCAGAUGUAAGUUCACCGCAAGAAAAAGAUUCUAAUGAAUUUAGUGUUUUUGGCAAGAAGGUACCUCUUUCUGUUACUCCUGUUCACAAAAAGGCUGAACGUUCCAAGUCUCCGACCUUGUGUUCUUCAGAGAGCGAAGAAGAUGAAGAUGGAGUAAUUGUUUCUGAAGGUGUAAUGGAGGAAUAUUUAGCAUUUGACUCCAGAGAUGUGGAGGAGUUGCAUGAGAGGAAAAUUGGACUCUCCUGUAGUAGACGGAAAUUGGGGUUUCCUCCUAUCUCUCCGUAUUCCUGCAUGAAGGAUUCUGUGCUGACAUUUGUGUUUGAUGAUGUGUGGAGUGAAGUCCUAGGCUGCAUGGAAGAAUUAAUCUGCAGACACUGGGAAGGGUCGGCCUCUGAUGAUGAGAAAAAUAUCAUAACAAUAGAAACAAUCAGAGCAGAUGCCGGAAGCCCUUUGCAGUUUGAUCCUCUGCCAGCGUUGUUACCUCAUGUGCCACCAACUAAAAUGCCCUCAGCGACAUCAAAUCUGUGCCCAAAAACCAGAUGUGGCCGCAAAAGCAAAAAGAGGAGAAAACCACCCCAAGUAAAUCUUUCUCAAGGGUCAAGUAGCGGCUCUCAACAUAAUCUAAAGGGCUUGAUGGUGAUCCAUGGGAUCCAGUUACAGCAAAGGAAUCUGCCUACAAUGGAAAAAACACUGGACCUGGAUGACAAACGGCCAAGCUCCAGCUCCAUCCUCUCUACCAGUGUGCGGCCAAAUCAUCCUCUAGAGCUCAGGACAUCAUCCCUGUCACGUUCCACGAGAAGGCAAAACCUACCACCACGUACCCUGCAUCCCAUCACCACCAGCCUCUCCCAUACUGGGACCCCAGGGUCUGUGGACAGUGUCUUCAGGGAACUCGAUUGUGUUCUGACUGCACAUGAGCAGUUGACCUCACUCUCCCCACUGCUGCUAAACCGAAAUAAUCUCCUACCACCUAUUACUACCACCAAUGCGACAGAGCAUGGGAGCACUGCAGGAUCCCAGAGGCAAAUGAAAUCAAGAGGGAGCGCAAGUCGAGCUCACAGUGUAACAACACACGAAGAUACCCACCAGCAGCUACAGGAGCCGCUUUUCUUACCUGGUAGUUUCUCCAGGCCUAACACAACCAAUGCAUUCUUGCCAGACCCACAGCACCGCCAUUCUUGCACUGUUAUUGAUUAUAGUAAUCAAUCUUGGACAAGGAGAGGAUCAACAGGUUCAGGUCUUCAGCUGUGCAGUUCUGUGAAAGCCCACACUCGAAGUGGAUCAGUCAAAAAAAGCAAACAGGGGUUCUGA